GAAAGGCACAUGCAUUUCGAAUGAAUCAUCGAUCUUGAAAUGGCUUCACAAGAUAAGUUAACGCGUAUUGCAAUCGUGAACAGUGAUCGAUGUAAACCAAAGAAAUGUCGACAAGAAUGUAAAAAAGCGUGUCCUGUUGUUCGUAUGGGUGAGUGAUUAUUUCGCUUUCUUUGUUGAGAAUUUCAUGUUGUAUAAAUUUCUUGGUUUUAUACUUCAGUAUUUCCUGACUUUUGAAAUGUUUAUUUUCAAAGGUAAACUGUGCAUUGAAGUAUUACCAACUUCGAAAGUCUGUACUAUAUCAGAAGAAUUAUGUAUAGGUUGUGGUAUCUGUGUUAAGGUAUAUAUAUAUUCAAUAUUUAUUAAUUGUUUCAUUCAACAGUCAUGGUUUACUAAAUGAAGUAUCAAAAACAAAGUUAGUAAUUAUUAUAAGUAAUACCAUGAUAUGAGGGAAAUUAGUGCUUAAAUGUCCCUGAAAUGUCCCCAGGAAUUCCCUGGGGCUGCGCCACAAACCUCCCGAGGUGAGGGACAUUUAAUCACUAAUUUCCUGUAGUUUGUAAUAUUAUGAUCACCAAGGGUAUCGCAAGUGAUGUGUUGGUCUGAUUUGAAUGCUGGUUUGAUUGUCUUAUGAUGGUGGGAUGAACACUUUUCAUAUAUACGCACAUGCAAAAACACAUCUCUGUGCUCAUUCUUUUUCGGCAUGCCCAUAAACUGAAUUUAUCCCACAAUGGACCAUUCCCCAAUGGGUCAUUCCAGAAAACAUCCAUACCACCCCCACGGAGGAAAUAGGAAGUUAACCCCCUACCACUUUCGGAUGUCCUAAUACAUUUACUAUUAUCAGAAAUAAUUUUUUCUCCCCUCCCCCUCCGAACUGCAGAAAUUUCCUCCAUGGGGGGAGUAUGGAUCUUUUCUGGAAUGACCCAAUUAACCAAAAUUUUGAUCUCAACAAGUCUAGACAAAAUUCUAUCAUAGCAUGAAAGAGCAUCACAAAGUAGUAAUAUUCCAGAGUUUCGUUGCAAAAUGUUAUAAAAUGCGGAUAAUAUAGCCUUGCGAAAUUUGCAAUUUUCAGUAAUUUUAGAUUACAAAUGGGAAACGGUUCAAAAGCUCAGGAGAGAUUCAAAAGCUAUUGCACGACGAACGUGCUGUAACAAUUUGGCAAUGAGAAUCUUGAACACGAUUAUUAUUAUUAUUAUUUAAAAUUAUUUGAAAACGGUAGCCCUUCAGCUGUAAAGAAAAACUGAUUUUCAAGGGGCCGUUUGUGAAUACAUAUAUACAUUGUUUAGAAAUACAAACACUUACUAUUUACUAAAGUCACUAUUCAACUACUGGGUGUCCCAAAAAAUUCAUUGAUUCUUAAUAAGUCUGAAGCGAUUCUUAAUAAGUCUGAAGCGAGUGAAGCUAUUACAUUCAAAAUAUAUUUGAUUAGAUAGAGGAAAGGCUAACUUUGAUUUUGAUCGACCAUCAUCUUCUAACUUCUCCCGCAUUUUGGAAUCUUGCAUGCUCUAAGCAAAUCCAAACUCUUUGAUCCUUAGUUAAUCUUGGCAUACUCAAAAUGAAACACAAUUAAUUAAACCAUAACAUAACAACAUAACAUAUAUAACAUGCAACUCCCCAGAGACAUGCAACAUUCUUGGAACAAAAUGUAUAGAAAAUAUAGCGCUGAUACAGUAAUAUGUAUUCGCAAAAAGAUGGCUAGAACAGUAUUAUUUAAACUACCAUAUUCAUCCUAUUCAAACUUAGAAACAGUCAACUUUGGUUUGUUCGUUUGAGACUGCUCAAAAUAUGAAUAGGUCGUUAAAGAAAAUUUAUUAAAGUGCUUCCUCCUAUUCUGUAUAGUUCUAGCUUAGAAAUUAGAAUUUUAUGGUCAACAGUGUCAAAAGCUUUUUUGAGGUCUAGAAAUAAAAAGCCAUUAAUCAGACCUUUGUCCAUAUUAAUAAGACAUUGGUUAGCGGAAUGUAGUUUUGGUUGAGUGAAGAGGACGAAAGCCUGAUUUUUGGUUCGCUAAAAUUGAAUUUCGUUUUAGGAAGUCAAAUAUUUGAUUAUAAAUAUUUUUCUCCAAGAUUUUUGCAACAGCUAAUAUUAUAUGUAGAAAUAGGUCUAUAGUUACCACAGUUGGCCCUUUCUCUAGAUUUAUAGAUUGGGGUAACUGGUGGGUCCUAUGUGUCAGACUCUUGCAAGAAGUAUUUCUUGACCAACUGGACUCCUGCAUAAAGGAAUUUGCCAAGAACAAGUUUCAACUCCCUUGGGCAAAGACAUUUAUCCAGCGGAUGCAAACAUCUUUUUCAAUAACGCCCUCUGCCCACCACCACCAAAAUUUUUCUCGAAACAAAUUUUCCUUUCCUUUCAAUCUUUCUUUUUCCAAGUACUUGAUUUAAAUCUUGCAUUUACCGCGUGUUUCUGUUUAAUCAAUAACUAUCCCUAUUAAACUCUUCCACUCCGAUAUCCCUUCACCCACCCAAACAGAGAUUAUCUAAAGUGCGAGGUGCGAGUUACAAGUAUAUUGUUAAUUUCUAAUAAUAUCGGGUUUAAUUUUAACACAUGGUUAACACUAACCUUGCUUUGAAGCACCGAACCAGGUGUUUACACCUAUGGUUUACACUAAAAAAUCAAGUUGAAAACAGUUUGGCAUCCUGGCGGAUAGCUUUGUCUCAAUUUGGCUCCAAUUAUCAGCUUUUGAAAUAAAAUUUGGUUUAUUUAUCUCUUCUCUCCUUUCUCAUUCAUUGCAUUUAUUUUUAUACUUACAAACUUGUAAAUAGCAAUCGUUUUGAUGUACUGACACUUUUUUCCUGUGUUUAAAUAAAGUUUAUCUACACUGUAUGUAUGUGUAUGUAUGUAUAAAUUGAAUUAUUUUAACUUCAGUUGUACUUCCGAUAAAAAGGACUUGAGUUUAGGGUUCCGAGCGUUCAGUAUAUAUAAACAAACUGAGUCUGUGUCUAGUCAUACUUACUAAUAAAAUUAAAUAACCAUUUUAAGAUUAGAAAGCACAAAAUGGUUUGGAUAACUACUAGAUAGAAACGGCAAAUAUAAACUUACACUUUGAUUUUCAAUAUAAUUAUUUUAAUUCUUGAACAUACCGAUGGAUCUAACAAAGUAUAAACAAACAAGUAAAGGCCGAUUUUCAUCUCGAUCGUAUCGUAGCAUUUUUUUUUGUGUCGAAGUCAUUACUUCCAGUUCUAGUGCUCAGGAAAAAAAAGAAAUAUACGCUACGCUUCGGUACGAUGCGACUGAAGUGCACGGAAAACGUGUUGAAACGAAUUUAGUUACAGGGAACUUAACUUCUUAACUUAAUAUUUAUGAAACAAAAAACUCUUCGACUUCGCCUUCCAUGUCGUCCAUAUUAAUAUACUUUCAAAGCUUAAUUCAAAGCGAGGCUGGCGAUUCGCAACUCGCAGCUCGCAAAAUAGCCGACUUCCCCAAACAUGCCUGAAAUAAAUACGUCGUUAGAGCUUCAAUAUUAUUUUUAAAGCAUAUCUUGGUAGAGUAUUAUAUGACAAGUGCUGUGAUAUUUGCAUGUACAAAAGGCAUUUCAUACGCAGGUUAAGUUAUAGAUGUCUACUCUUAGUGUAUGCCAAGAUAUUGACGUGAACAUGACGUGUUGUGCCCAUGUAUGGAAAUGCCACGCCAUUUUGACGCCAUUUUCACGUCGUCUUUGACGUCCGCGUCCUCGAUCUAAAUCUGUCUAAUUUAGUGAAUAAAUGUGAGUGGCACCGUUUAAAUACGAUAUUGUUUACGUUCAUAACUAUCGCUUUUCCCUUUGUUAGAAAUGUCCAUUUGAAGCUAUAAAUAUAAUCAAUCUACCAAGUAACCUUGAAAAAGAUACAACUCACAGAUAUAAUGCUAAUUCAUUUAAAUUACACAGGUAAGACUCGAAAUAUGUGACACCUUCAGGGGGAGUAGUUGUUUUUAAAAAGAGUUGCAUAUUACACAGGAUUCCACAUUCUAUACCAUAAAAAACAUAAAACGGUUUCUCCAUCCAUUGUGUUAGAAUUACAUGUAUGCUAAACAAGUUUCAGCUCCCUUGGGCAAAGACAUUUAUCCAGGGGAUGCAAAAAUCCUUUUCAAUAACGCCCUCUGCCACCAGCACCACCACCAAAAACACUUGUGUACUGUUAUGAUUAAUGAACAAAAUUUUCCUUUCCUUUCAAUCUUUCUUUUUCCAAGUACUUGAUUUAAAUCUUGCAUUUACCGUGUUUCUGUUUAAAAGACUGAACUAACAACUGAAUUGGAACUUGUAAAACUGAUUAAGAAUCUACUACUUGGUACCACCUAGUGUACUGACACAUCCCUAUAUAUGAAGAAAUCAAUAGUGUAGUUCCAUAGCCUUUACAAAUAUGACUUAUUUUCUUCUCAGGCUACCUACACCAAGGCCUGGUGAAGUUUUAGGGUUAGUAGGUACAAAUGGUAUUGGCAAAUCUACAGCGCUAAAAAUACUGGCAGGAAAACAGAAACCAAAUCUUGGAAGGUUCGAUGUAAGUUUCAUUCGUUGUUUUCAUUAAAGUGUAUUGAUAAUUAGGCAAGUACACUUUUACUAAUUGUUAUUUUAUUUCAAAUAUUAUACGUAGUAAUUACAAAACAACUGUAUUUCAGAACCCUCCUGACUGGCAAGAAAUCCUACAACAUUUCCGCGGGUCAGAACUUCAAAAUUAUUUUACAAAAAUUUUAGAAGAUGAUUUAAAGGUAACCAGCUAAUAUGUGUUCCUGUGUUGUACGACAGCCAACUUUCAGGGUGUUAGCCAGAAGAUUUUUUUUUUUUUUCAAUUUAAUGAAAUUGGGAGUUUCAGUUCGCCUGCGACAUUCAGACCGGAGUUAAGGAAUAUCGUGUUUGUUAAGUGACGCUUCGUGGUCUAGCGCAAGCUGAGCUAAAUAGAAACUUUUGAAGUACAAGUCGCCUGAUAUUGUUUUGCAUACUAAAAACAGACAAAUAUAUAUUUUAAUUGGCUACAUGACAUCUAAUUUUUUUGAGCAAAGUUUUGAAGUUUCACAAUCUUUUGAAGUUGUUCCUCCACUCGGAUUCUCAGACCAUAACUCAGUUUUACUAAAUCCACUGAAUCAUCGUAGGAACUCACGGUCCUUCCGAAUGGUUAGAGACGCGCGUCCUUCCGAUCGGAGGUUAAUCACUGAAGCCCUAUCCAGUGUUAACUGGUCUCCAAUGUAUCAUCUGGGCUCUUGUGACGAACAGUUCCAAUAUUUCUCUUCCCUUGUCGAUGGUAUUGUUGAUAAAUAUCUCCCGCUGAAGCGUAUUAAAUCUGACAGCAGCGAUAAGCCCUGGAUUACUCCGGAGAUAAAAAGAUUAAUAUCGAAACGCCAAGUGACCUGGCGGAAAGGAAACAAGCCUAUGUUUCGAUUCUAUAGGAACAAAAUUAAUAAUUUGUGUAGGCGUGCUCGCUCAAAGUAUUAUACCAACAAUGUCGCUAAUAACACUCAGUCGAAUCCACGGAAGUGGUGGUCUGCUGUCAAAAAUAUUGCUGGCCUUGCCCCAUCUAAAAACGUUUCCACACUUGUGUACACGUACAACGGACAGCCCUAUUCCGAUUCGGCUCUGGCCAACCUGUUUAUUAUUGUUGUUAUUAUUAUUAUUAUUAUUAUUAUUAUUUGGUGUUUAAUGACACAUUUUCGCAUAAACAAUGAAUUACAAUGUGUUUCCAUUCAAAGUCAAAUUUAAAAGUCAAAGUCAAGUUUAAUGACAAGUUUGUUGCCAUUGGGAAUUCCCUGCCUCCGCUCGCUUGGGCGCCCCUCGAAGUCUGUGAUUUUCCUCCCGACUUUUACAUUUCAGUUGACGAUACCGAGAAAGCAUUGCAAUCCGUCAAGUCCGUUUCAGCUGCAGGUCCUGACGAAAUCACGUCUUGGUUUCUCCGUGAAAAUUCCUCGUUAUUAUGUCGCCCAUUAGCAUCCAUAUUUAAUGCCUCUAUUCAUGAUGGUUGUGUUCCAUCACUGUGGAAAUCUGCAAAUGUCAUCCCUGCAGCAAAGUCUUCCCCAGCCCUGGAUGUCUGGAUGUUGACUCUGAUUUUCGACCGAUAUCGCUCACGCCCAUAGUGAGUAAGAUUCUGGAGUCAUUUCCAUAUAACUAGCUCUUGCAGUCAAUCCGCGACCAAAUUGAUAAGAGACCCUGGGAACGAGGUUGAUUGAUAACGGCCUACGGAUAUGCAUGCUAGACUUUUCUAGAGCUUUUGACCGUAUCGAUUUCAACAUUCUGAUGCAGAAACUCAUUAAUAUGCGCGUACACCCUAUUCUAAUGAAUUGGUUUGCCAACUUCCUUACUGACAGAAGUCUGAGAAAACAAGAAUUGGCUCUAAUUUUUCGAGUUGGAGAACUACCAACGGAGGAGUCCCCCAAGCAACCAAACUGGGCCCCCUCCUCUUCCUCAUCAUGGUGAACGACUUGAAUGUUUCUGACGAUACGGUGAAAUUUGUUGACGACACCACUAUCUGGGAGAUUGUCUUGAAGGGUCAAGAAUCCAACUCGGUCCUACCGUCUCAAAUUACAGAAUCUACUAAAUGGGCUUCUGAGAAUAACAUGAAACUGAACCCUACAAAAACAAAAGAAGUUCGUGUUGGGUUUUCUCCUCUUGAUCCCGGGGCUCUUCCGCCGAUCACCAUUGACGGUCAUGAUAUAGUUGUGGUCCGCAUGCUAAAUUACUUGGUGUCAUGUCUAAAGAUCUUAAAUGGAUCGAGCACGUUGAUUAUAUCCGCAAGAAAGCUUCGAAGCGGUUGUAUGCCUUACGAUUACUUAAGUGAUCCUCUAUACCAGCGGGCAAGUUAGUUCGGGUUUAUCUUCCUGCGGUUCGACCAAUUUAGAAUUUUCGUGCGAGGCAUGGCACUACAGCUUCGCGCAAUACUUGAGCGACGAGAUCGAGAGUAUUCAAAGCAGAGCCCUUCGUAUAAUCUUUCCUGAUCUCAAAUAUGAAGAUGCGUUGGUACGUGCUGGGGGUGGUGUCACUGUUCCUGCGGAGAAAGACCAUUUGCGAGAAACUUUUCGAUCAAAUUUGUGAUGAAAGAAACAUCCCAUAAACUCCAUUCUCUCGUUCCCCCAAGACAUAAAACAGGAUAUUCUCUACGUAAUAAUAACUGUCCUUCAACUACCAAAGCAUAGGACAAGUAGGUUUGCUAAUAGUUUUAUUAUGGCCGGUAGUAAGGCCUACAACUCUAGUUUUAAAUAAUAAUUGUUUAGCUACAUUCUUACCUACAACUAUCAAAAUUAACAACUUGUAAAUAAGGAGUGCUUGUAGACAUUUUUACUCAUAUGCAUGUAAACCAGUGUAAUUCAGUUUUUAACUGCAAAAUUGGUAUCUUUUAAUAAAUUGAAAAAAAUCUUGUGUAUGCUAUAAUAUAACAGUUACGAUUUUGGCCGAUCUAACUAUAAAGGUCCGGACGCGAUUCGACGCGAUUAUCGGUCAGUGAAAAUCGAAUCGCGUUGUCGAAUCGCGUCCGGUGUGUCUGGACCUUAACGCCGAAUUUUCGACUGUAGCUACCACCCUGAUUUAUAUAUUUUUAUUCUUGCAUGGUUUCAAAUUUAGAAACUGUUAGUUACUGUACUGUAGUCUGGAUAAAAUUAUUCAAAUAUAUCAUAAUCUUUAUGCUUUUGAAAUACAAGCUGUGAUAUAUUCAGUCCUUGUAGGUGACGUCACGACAUAUGACCACAGAAUAAAGACAUACAGAAGUAUAUCUUCUUAUUAAAAGUGCGUCAGGGAUUUUUUCAGUCCGCCAUGUUCUUAGCAAGUGCCCUAAAGAGAGGCAGUCACCCCCCUGAAAACAUAUUGAAAAUUUAAUAUUCCAGGGGGGUGAAUGCCUCUCUUUAGGGCACUUGCUAAGAACAUGGCCGCCAGCUAUUUCGGUAAAAAAGCGCCUUACGGUUUUGUAAUGGAAGUUACACUUCUGUAUGUCUUUAUUCUGUGAUAUAACGUUGCGUGAUUGCUGGCUGUCGCCAUUUUAGGUGGCAAAUAUUUAAAACUACAUCUUUGUUAUUAAAUCUCAAACGUAACAUGGCGCCAAUUUACUGUUAAAGCAGUUACCACCUAAAAUGGCGGACUGUUUAGCAUGACUCAAUAUUCUCGUGUGUCUAGAAGACGUGAAUAGAUAAUCCGAAAUUACCGAUUACUCUUGCUACCUUUUUAUAAUGACGUCAUAAUGUGAGUCGGCCGAGUAACGGUGUUGUCAUUUAUUUCGAUUUUUUAACGAUAACGUAACAUGUUACUACACCAAAAGUUCGUUAAAGCCGUUUAUAAAUAGCAUAUUUCGUGCAUUCAUUUCGUCGCGGCAAUAUACUGCGUUAAAACGCAACGUGUAUCAACACGCAAUGAGCAUAUAAUUUUGAAAGUGUGUAUUUUCUCAACAAUCUGUUUUACACAAUCGGAAAUACAGAUCAUUCUACCGAUUCCAACUGUCUACCGAUAAGGCAUGCAAAAAUCGGCCGAACCGAUUAGUUGGUCAAUCUGUAUUGAUAGUUGGAUAAUAUAUUUUACUAGGCAAUUAUUAAACCACAAUAUGUUGAUCAGAUUCCUAAAGCUGUAAAGGUGAGUUCCAAUGUUCUAUGCUUUAUAUUGUACAAGAUGAAUGGACUCGUAAGAAACAUUCAGAUCUCAUAAUAUGUCUGAUGACUUGAUGUUAUUGCAGGGUAGUGUGCAGUCUAUACUUGACAGAAAAGACGAGACAUCUUCACAAGAGCAAUUUUGUGAACAGUUGGGUAAGAUACAGAAAUCAAAGUGUCGACUGGUUAACAUUAAAAUUGUCCAGCGACAGAAAUCAUAAUUUCAUGCCGUUCUGACAUAUUAGAGAGAUUCAGAUUUGAAUUAAGGGACCAAUCAGAUUCCAUUGAUAUAUCCGAUUAACCAAUCAGAUACGUACUAAGCCAGUGAGAGGUAGUGGUAGCGGUAUAGUGGAAGUCAAAUCUGAACCAGGUUUUUUUCAGGGAUUUUUUAGGGCCGUAAAACGGCCCCAAAAACUCAAUCUUGAAUUGAGUUUUGAAACUCAGUCUUCUCACGUUUCAGUGCAGUAAAAAUGAAGUUGUUUGAGUUAAAUUUGUGACGUGUGGAAAUUAGUUUUCAUUUGGAAACCCGACAAUUAAGAAAAAAAAAUGGCUGGAAUUCAUCUCACAACACAAGAAAAACUACGCAUUCGCCAUCUUUAACACAUUGCGUCUCAACUACAUUUAUUGAGUACAGGUGUCCCCGGUAUUCAAUAAGCCACCCCAGUUGUUCCGCUAAACUCAAUAUUCUCUGCAAAAACGGACCCAAGAGAAAAUCCUGAAAAAAACCCUGAUUGCAUGAAGUAGAAUCCGGUUCUGAACCUUUUGUAACGAUUGCGGCAACGCUGCAACGCAUUUCUAAAGCAUUGCACAUUGUAACAUCCCUCUUGCAACUAUAGUCUCACUAUGUUUAUACACUGAAUGGCUUCCUGUUGGCUUUUGACUGACAAUAUGAUUUUUAUACUAUUUUUAACAAUGAUCAUUGCAAGUUGCAUGGGACAUAUUGCUUGGUGUAACGAGUUUUCCGUCUCAACUUCUCCGUUUAACUUUUCCGCCCACCGACGGGAAUAGAGAGGUUAAGAUACCCCGCUUCCGUUUUACGGGUACGAGUAUUGUCAUUUUGUUUAGCAAUAUUUGCUGAGUCAGCAUUUUUACCCGUAAUUUCUACCCGUUUCCCCCUCGGUAAACCACGGUCUACACGUAAAAGACAAACAGGUACGGGUGUUUUCUAUUUACUAUUUGUGGGCCGUUUAAAUAGUAAAAAUGUUCACCAGCGACGAGUUUCCCGUCUCUGAUGUGAAUUCGGUUAAUGAGUUUAGCACCUUAUGGUUUACCUUGAUUUAUUGUUUUGUGAAGGGCUUCUUCUGUGGUCUAAAUCCUUGGUCAUAGGCCUACUGAACGAUUAUUCAACUAGAACUAGAAAAUACAUGCAUGCAGAAACCCUCGCCUUGCUGACAAAACCAUUGUAUUUUCCGAACAUGAAGUAUCUAAAGUAGUUGUCAUGGUAGCCAUGGUAACACGAUAAUUUUUUAAGAAUAUUCUUACAAAUGAAAAAUCGCCUAAAAAUAUCACAAAUUACAAAAUUAUGAAUUUCCCAACAUAUAUAUGUUAGGUUGAAAUUUACAAACAUAUAUAUGUUAUUGUAUUUCCCAACAUAUAUAUGUUAUAGUUGAAAUUUACAAAAUCUUGCAAAAAUGCGAGCAAAAAUAUUUGCAAGAAAUUUAUCAAUCAUCAUUCAUCAAAUCAAGAAAUGUUUGCUAUUUCGCUGUCGUCAUGCAGUCGUUAUAAUGCAAACUUUAAAUUGGACCAAUCAGUGUCCGCUAUUCAUGACAGUCCGCCAUAUUUUUGAGGCACCCACCCAACACCCCAACACCGUUGGUCACCAACGCCCGCGAUAUUGAUGAACUUUAGACUUCGCUAAUGCUUUCGUUUCCCCGGUGUAAAUAACCGGGGGGGAUUAGUACCCUCGCACGGCGCUUCAUGCCGUCGGCUCGGGGAUAAGCGUGGUGACAUCCAGUAACACUAAUCGACAAACGAAAUAUCACUUCUCGCACACUGCUGGGAGCUGCUGCUGCCAUUCUGCCGCAACAACAAAAUGUGCUGGCUUAACCUGCACCACCCGUUUGCACCCGAUUCACAAUCCGGCUCCCGGCUGAGCCUUGUGUGAGAGAACAUUUUCUGCUUCUUUCGUACCUCAGCCAGUAGAAAGUAACACAUUCGUUACAGUACAAGAUGAUUGUAUUUUUAGAUCUACUGACAGUUCGUGAUCGAAAUGUAGAUGAACUUUCCGGUGGUGAAUUACAGAGAUUUGCCUGUGCUGUUGUAUGCGUUCAGCAAGCUGAUAUGUAAGUUUUAUGGCAGUUUACAUCUACUGAAAAUGCGUUUUCUCGUUUCAUUGUUAAAACGUUUAGUUUUGCAGCUUUCCACCUAUACAAGAAAUGAACAACAAUGUCAUAAACCUGGACUGUUACUGCACCCUUUCAAACCAAACAGUAUUUCAAUUAGAAUUGAAAUUUGUGCAUGCAUGCGUAGGUCUGACUCUCCAGUUUACAAAUAUUGAAAAAAAGCCAAGCAUAUUGAUGCAUAUUCUGAUUGGUGUAUAUGUUGCUUGUGAUGUUACUCUGAGUGUUUAUCCACACCGGGCAAGCUUGAAAAAUAUGCCUGGCCACGGUGGGAAUCGAACCUACGACCUUUGGAAUACUAGCCCAAUACUCUGCCAACUGAGCUACGCGGUCAUCACAUUACACCAACACAGAAAAAAUUCAUGAUUACUAGAUUACAUCGGUAUCGAAGGAACUAGACUCAGAUUUUAAAUAUCACAUACUCGAACCAACCAGACCGCGUAGCUCAGUUGGCAAAGCAUUGGCCUAGUAUUCCGAAGGUCGUAGGUUCGAUUCCCACCGUGGACAGGCAUAUUUUUCAAGCUUGCCUGGUGUGGAUAUACACUCAGAGUAACAUCACAAGCAUCAUAUUCACCUGAGUACAUUACACCAACACAGAAAAAAUUCAUGGUGUAUAUAAAACCCAUCAUUUUUUAGCAUCUUUGACAUUAAUUUUUCUGUGUUGGUGUUGUGUACUCAGGUGAAUAAUAUGUUUGCGAUGUUACUCUGAGUGCAUAUCCACACCGGGCGAGCUUGAAAAAUAUGCCCGGCCACGGUGGGAUUCGAACCUACGACCUUUGGAAUACUUUCGAACCGUCCUGACCGCGUAGCUCAGUUGGAAGAGCAUUGGGCUAGUAUUCCAAAGGUCGUAGGUUCGAAUCCCACCGUGGCCGGGCAUAUUUUUCAAGCUCGCCCGGUGUGGAUAUGCACUCAGAGUAACAUCGCAAACAUAUUAUUCACCUGAGUACACAACACCAGCACAAAAAAUUCAUAUUAAUAGAACACAUUGGUAUUGAAGGAAUUAGAUACUGUUCCGAAAUAUCACUUACUCGAACCGUCCUGACCGCGUAGCUCAGUUGGAAGAGCAUUGGGCUAGUAUUCCAAAGGUCGUAGGUUCGAAUCCCACCGUGGCCGGGCAUAUUUUUCAAGCUCACCCGGUAUGGAUAUACACUCAGAGUAACAUCGCAAACAACAUAUUCACCAUUUUUUAGCAUCUUUGACAUUUCAAGCGAAAGCCCUUCGUCGGGAAGUUGGUUAACUUGGCACUGAAGAGUGUUGUAGAUGGAAAUUAUCGAGUUUUAUAUACAUCUAUUAGACCUAACGAGGAACAGCUGCGAAUUUGCGAAAAAUACAACUACAAGGUGUAUAAAAAAACGGAGUCCUCACAUGAAGUGUAAAUUUCAAAGCGAAUAUGAAAGUUAGACGUUUAUACUUGCAUUCUUUCGAAAUCGCGAUCUUUCGGCUAUUUUAUAUACUUUAUUUUAUAAAAUUUGGAGUUACUACUGGCGAGCUGUGUCAAUUUAAGUAAGUGCAAAUGGAAAAUUAAAAAAACGUAGAUGUGUUGAAUUCACAAUUUAUUUAAACGUUCCACAAAAUAAGUUGGAAGUACACAUUUACUCAACGUGGCCUCCAUUUCUAAGUUCACACAAGUUCGUUCGUUGUCUCAUAUCCCCGACAACUCUUCUUCUUCCCGAGUUUCCUUUAUUUCGAUUUAAACUUUAUGGGGUGGUUCGUCCAUUCAAUGCAUAUGCAGCCGGUAUUUGUUGACAUUACGCCAAACGCUCGAUGAAGAUUACGUCCUGGAAAAGCUAUUUGAAAUUGUCUUAAAACUGCAACAACGCUUUUUGUUUCGAAAUACUUUUCAACAAUGAAUGUUCUUUCCGGAAUUGUUAGCUUUGACAUUAUGAAUGGUGAUUGUAAAGUUUUAAACAUCAACGUUCUAAAUUUUAGCAAACUACGUAUAGCUUUAAUUAAGUCCCCAAAGUACUUCGAAGAUUAAUAUUUCGAAGCAUCUAAAAACGAGCGCUUGUACUAAAUUCUUUUUAUUGCGAUUAGCCUUCAACUGUUAUUCAAUCGAGUGAGAUGCCAACAAAAUCUUGAUAUUUACAGUUAACUUGGCACUACCUACGCUAGCACAGACCGUUGCAGAUUUCCACUGCCCAUUUGUUCGCAUGAAUCAAUUAUAUAUUCAUGCGAACAAAUGGGUUGUGUACUUCUUGUUUUUUCCAGUUUCAUGUUUGAUGAACCAUCCAGUUAUCUAGAUGUCAAACAGCGUCUUAGAGCUGCCCUGGCUAUAAGAAGUCUCGCAAGAAGUAAUCGGUGAGUAUGUUAUAGCGACGGGAUUCUCUUAGUCCACCGAUUGUUGAAAUCCGGAUCACGAAGUAUUUUGAUUUUCCUCUUGGUAGUUAGUGAAUUUUUUUCUGUUAUAAGAGAUUACUGAUAUGGGGUUGUGCAUGGCAUGAUCUCAUCUUAAUUAAGUUAGGUACUUUUGUGCAUGGCUGGAUAUUCUCCAUCAACUGAUUUAUCUAUGGCUGAUCAGCCCCUGAAUUUAACAAAGACGAUGUGUAUAAUCUCCGACAAUAUAUUUUUAAAAAUACUAUUACACUGUAGUUGAAGGCUUCCGAACAUUUUUAUCUUCAAGUAUUACUAGUAAUACUUGAAUUAUUAUUAGUAAGUUUUAACCGAUUAAUAUUUUAAAUUAUUGUAAAUAAUGUAGUAGAGUAGUCUUCUGUUUAUUCUUAUUUUUUUGUAUAUCAAUUGACAAUUUUAAGUUUAGUAUUAAGGCUUGUUAAUUCAGUGUAAAUACUGCAAGAGAGUCAUAAUAUACGAGAAUUAUUAUUGUUAAUUAUUACGGUAUUUUUGUGAUGCAUGUCGUUAAUUUUGUAAUAUAUCUUGAUUUCAAGGUACAUUAUUGUCGUUGAACAUGAUUUGAGUGUGUUGGAUUAUUUAUCUGACUUCAUAUGUUGUCUAUAUGGUGUACCUGGUGCCUAUGGUGUUGUUACUAUGCCGUUUAGUGUCAGAGAAGGUACUAUAUAGUUUUAUUAUGCAUGAGAAAAUAUAUGCAUUGCUUGGAUUAUUGCUGAAGGGGGUGAGCAUGCAAGAGUUGUUUUCGAGAUUGGUUUUCAAGAUAUUUUAGGUGGCUCGAUACAGUUUUCAAAAAUUCAGGUGUUCAACACUUUGACAUGUUCAAACUACGCAUUUUUAGGAUUUAUGCAGCAGAUAUUGGCUUUUUUAUAUAUUUUGAUAACUCUACUUUCAAAUUAUAUUAGUUUUAGUAACAGAUAGUUCGUUGCUAUGACGACAUACGUGUACGAAAUUCACUCCAAAAUGACUUUUCGUCUCGUAUAGUUGGAAAAGAAGCAUCGUGACCCCCAAUUAUUUUCGUGCAUUAUUUUACGAAAAGCUAACAAUUAGCAAAAUACAUAUAUAUAUAUAUAUAUAUAUAUAUAUAUAUAUAUACAUACAUUUUUUUUGGAAAAUGCGAAAAUGUCAUAUUCUUCGGUAAAUUUUUUUUGGCAUUACAGAAUUUUUUUAUUUUUUGUAAAAUGAAAGUUUUUAGCGGUGCAAUACAGCAUGCAAAAUUUGAACAUAUAUAGGUCACCAGACAAAAUAAAGAGAUAUAGCGCAUUGUUUUUCUAAAAUGGAAAAUUCUAAUGACGUCAGCAAUUGAUAUAAAACGCUAUAGAACACGCACAAUGGCGUGAUAUGGCGCGAGCAACUGCUCACGUCAGGUAAUUUUGGAAGUUCUUUCAUUUUGUUAAUCAGUUUCCAAGACUUGCGCGUAAAAAUGGUCACCCGGUUUUGAGUUCGCGAUCUUGAUAACUAUAUCGAGCCACCUUAAAUGUGAAACAAUCAACAAUUUAGCCGGAAUUUCACUGCUGGUCACUCGCAUAGCAUCUCAACGAUUUCGAGUGACUGGUUGAAAUUCAGGCCAUCAACAAUCAAAUACUUGAUCUUAUCUUCUGUAAUAACUAUAGAAAUUAUGUAACAUGGUAACACCUUAUAUGCUUUUUUCUAGGGAUCAACAUAUUUUUGGAUGGCUUUGUUCCAACAGAAAAUCUACGUUUUCGGGAAACUUCUUUGACAUUUAAAGUGGCAGAAACAGCUGAUAAGGUUCUUGUCCCAUUUGCAUUGUUUUUUGCACUAUUCGUUUGUGAAUUUACUUACCAGUUACUGUUUUACUUCGAUAUGACAAUUUUGAUAGGAGGAAGAAAUUAAAAAGUUAAGACGAUACAGUUACCCAAAUAUGAGAAAGGUUCUAAGUAAGUAUUUUACUACUGUUUAGAAAUACGACAAGAAGUAAGGGUUGCACUUAGGUUGCUUUGGAAGCGCCUUCACGAAAUCGAAGUACUGCAGCAUCACAUUUCGUUUUGUUAUUUUCAGACAAGCCCUCAGGAAAUGUGUAGGUUUACUCAGCUUUGAAUUAAGGUUUUGCUAUGGCUGGAGCUUUAUGUUGAAUAAAAAACAGGCACCUUGUCACUGUGUAUAGUAUUCUUUAGAAAUAUAAAACAGCAAGGGUGACAUUUAAAUUCCAGUCCUCGUACGUAUUUUGCUGCGUCUUGUCUUUCUCUUUAAAAUAUUCAAUUUCAUAUUGUUUAUUUCGUUAUAGAAACAUUCGAGUUAAAAGUGGAAGCUGGUUCAUUCACAGAUUCAGAAAUAAUCGUCAUGCUUGGAGAAAAUGGUA